GUGGUCUAUACCGGGUCACGGCUACAUCUGCAUUUCAACCUGCUGGAAGAGGAAAGAACCAGAGUCCUUGGAUGAGGAAGCCAAGAAACACACUAAGUCAAUGCCUAAAAAUCACAGGCUGAUUAUUGACAGGAAUGACUAAAAUCAGGCUCCCAGACCACUAGUCCUGUCCGAUACAUUAACGUGACCUCCGUCCAUCAUGUUUUCAAGAAAUGAUCAAGAAAGCAUCAAUAUAUAUAGCCAUCCCUUAGUUCAUCGCUUAAUGGAUCUCAAAGCUCCAAAAGGGCUGUUCAAAGAAGCCUCUUCAUCUUUAAGCUCCCAGUCCCUUCUUUGGAGUAACAGUCUUACUUUCUCAGUUCACAGUGAUGUCACCAUUCUGCGAGAACAGAGAAGCUGAUGAUGACAGGAAAGUGGUUGCAGAGAUCAUGCAGAGGUGUUUUGUUCCAGCUUUUGUAACAGCUAUCUCCUGGGAGGGAUUUCAUUUCGUUGGUCAUGAGAUUCGGAUUACUGAAGCCAUGGAUUGUUACGGUGCUAUUGUUUGGCCAUCGGCCCUUGUUCUAUGCUAUUUUCUGGAAACAAACGUAAAGCAGUAUAACAUGGUUGACAAAAAUGUGAUUGAAAUUGGAGCUGGAACAGGGUUAGUCUCCAUCGUGGCGAGUUUACUUGGUGCACACGUGACUGCCACAGAUUUACCUGAGUUACUUGGAAACCUGCAAUAUAAUAUUUCCCAAAACACCAAAAUGAAAUGUAAGCAUUUGCCUCAGGUUAAAGAGCUCUCCUGGGGUGUAGCUUUAGACAAGAACUUUCCCAAGGCUUCCAGCAACUUUGACUACAUCCUGGCGGCCGAUGUUGUCUAUGCUCAUCCAUUUCUGGAAGAACUCCUCAUUACCUUUGACCAUCUGUGCAAAGAAACCACCGUCAUCCUCUGGGUCAUGAAAUUCAGGUUGGAGAAGGAAAAUAAAUUUGUAGAUCGAUUUAAGGAGUUGUUUAACCUGGAGGAGAUUUCCAGUUUCCCUAGCCUGAAUAUUAAGUUGUAUAAAGCUAUGAAGAAAAAUUGGAGGAGUGCAUGAUAUCCUCAGAGGAGGACUUGGGAAGGGAAGGCAAUUUCUAGUGAUUAUUAUUGCUUUAACAAAGAACCCGGAUGAUCUGAUAUAGCUGACUUUCCCAAGGGGACACACACACACACAC